AUGGAAAACAAAAUGAGAUGAAUGGGUUAAUUGUGAAGAAGGAUAAUAAAAGGCAUAGAUGGUCUAGGGCGAGGGGAGGCGACGAAGAAGAAAAUGAUGGCAACAACCGCGCCUGUGCGGUGGCAACCACCAAACAUUAGGUUUAGGAUUGAGCCGAAGAGAGCGAUGAGAGUGAAAGCCUUUGGUAAGGGAGGCAGGGAUAUGGAUAGGGUUUGGAGUGAGGCGUGGCGAAGUGCUAACGAUGGGUUUGAGCGGUUCGUCUUCGAAGCGAAGAAGACUGCGGAGCGCAUCGACCGGCGCUAUUCCCUUUCGCGGCGUCUCUCCUCCGUGGCGAGGGCGGCCGCAGACCGAGCCCGCGAGAUUGAUCGUGAGUUUGAGAUUGGACAACGUUACCGCACUUUGAGCAUCGAUUUCCAAAGAAACUGGCCCAAGUACAGGAAGCAGCUCAAGGACUUUCUGGAUAGUCCGCUUGGAAAGAGCUUUGCUACACUGCUGUUCAUCUGGUUAGCACUGUCUGGUUGGCUUUUCCGGAUCCUGAUAAUCGCAACAUGGGUACUUCCAUUUGCAGGACCUCUUCUAAUUGGAACUUUGGCCAACACCUUAGUUAUUAAGGGGACUUGUCCGGCUUGCAAGAUGCAAUUUGGUGGUUACAAGAAUCAAAUAAUCCGAUGUACAGGCUGUGGCAACAUUGUGUGGCAACCCAAAGGUAGAACCAACUCCAAAUCUAAUAAGUCAGACCCCGACAUUAUUGAUGUCGACUUUGAGGAGAGGUGACACUCUCCCAGCCCAUUCAUUCUUUACUUCUACACUUUGUAAAGUUACCAACAUUUUUUCCAUGCCCACCCUCUCCAUCUAUUCUGUUGGACUUCAUAUUUCUCUCAUGUUUUCAAUUUCUUUGUUUCUUUCCCAGGCAUAACUUGAAUUUUAUUACCCGUAGUACACUUUUUCACUCUCGAUGUACACUAUUAUGCAUAUUACGUUCUUUUUCUUUUUUAA